UUCAACUCAUCACUUCACACACAUACACUAGCUGAUCGAUCAUCAUAUUUCAAAAAACCAAAACCCUUUUGAGCCUUCAUAACAAUGGGUUCUGUGGUAGAGUUGGUAGCUGACAGGCCAGUGGUGAUCUUCAGCAGGAGCUCUUGUUGCAUGAGCCACACCGUCGAGUCACUGCUACGAAGCUUUGGGGCAAACCCUACAGUCUAUCAGCUCGAUCAGGUGUCCAAUGGACGGCAAAUCGAACAGGAGCUGCGGCAGCUGGGAAGCCAACAAAGCCUACCGGCUGUGUUCAUAGGCCAAGUGUUCAUUGGUGGUAACAGAGAGAUCAACAGCCUCCACCUCAGGAACGAGCUACUCCCAUUACUGAGAAGGGCCAGAGCUAUAUGGGUUUAAUUAGAACUCUCGUAUCAUAUAUAUAUAUAUGCAUGCAUCUUGCUAAUUAUGCUAAUCAACCUCGAUCGAUAGAAUAAGUGGUCUUUUGGAGCUCAUACAGUUUUUGAUAGAUGAUAGUCGUCUAUAUGUUUUGUAUGAGUACAACUACAACUUUUACCCCCAUGUAAUAUAAUAUAUAUAAUAUAUAUACUAAUGCAUGCCCAUCUAUUAGCUUC